GUCGUUUUAGAUCUAUUGCCCGCCUUUAUUCAGCGCCUCCGGCCCCUCAACCUUAUAAGAAAUGGAUGCUUAUUCAUCACCACGAACGGUCGGAAUUCUCUACUUAAACUUACAUCUCGAAGCAACCCUAAGGUAGGAUCGCUCUCCAGCAAGCUGUUGCAUACAUAUCGCUAUCGCCUAAGGAUGGUUACCUGAGAAAUGCAUCUUAUGGUGUAUCUUUUCCUCCAUCAUGCUGGCGACGAGUGGUGUUAGUGGGUUGCUAAGGGUACUCUACUAUGACUGCUAAGGUGAUGAGCUGGAAUCUGUAGCUCGCUCUCAUCCAUGGCAAUUACUAAUAUCGACUUAGAACAUCUCCGAGUCUUACAGAUAUUAAUGUGAUCGGCGAUAAGCUCCGAAGACUUCCUUUCAAUGGCUGAAAAUGAGAUCAACGUCAAUAUUCGCAGUGCGUUGCAUCUCGCGGUUGGGCUGUUGCCUUACUUGAGAUCCAAACACAUGCUCUCAUUAUUAGGGAACCUAACUAGUAUGCUGGGAUUCGUGUCAUUCUCGAUCAUCAACCCGGUAUACAUACAAUGGCACUAAGAGAUUCCGCCGCCUCUUUUCGAUGGCACUGAGAUCACAGCUCAAAGAUACGCCGGUACGAGUUGUCGAGAUUGUUCCACCGACUGUCUCAACUGACUCUCGCCGCGAAGGCGAAAACCCUGACGAUGAUUCCAAGGAAAAACAACCCUAAUACUCUCUCGUUAGAAGAGUUCAUGGAGGGGGCUUCGAAGAAGCUGGAAAAGGGAGAGGAGGUAAUCGGGGUGGGAUUGAGUGUUGAGUUGAUGCAGAAAUGGUAUGAUACUCUUAGUUAUUUGUAUUAGGUAUAAUGAGGAAGAACAUGAAUGUUGAAUGAGCAGCCACUUGAUGCUCUAAUUAUCUACAUCUGGUUGGAGAUUCUCAUCGUGAAAUGUGAUCCCGGGCUACACAUCCUUGUCUUAUGUAAUUGUCAC